AUGAACGGCAGUCGGUCCCACAACCCCAACGGCUCUGGCUCUAGUGGGCGGCCCAGCGAAGAUGGCCGCGGCCCAAGGGCGCCGCCCCCCGCCCCGAACAACGGACGCGCGGAAAAAUAUGAAGAUGAGAAGCGCAGGAUCAUCGAGAGCUGCUUCGGCAAGACGGACCCGAACGGAGCUUUAUCCGAAUCUUAUAUCACCCACUUGCGCGUCACUGAAGAUGCCGCCCAUCCCCAGACUCCGCCACCGCCCAACUCGCCGUCGCAAAAUAAGAAGCCCCGAGUGGUCAUCAUCUCGGUACGGAGCACUGGCAGAGUCCGCAUCCACAAGGCUCGUGAAAAUGCCAAUGGUUCGUUUUCGAUCGGCAAGACAUGGCAUAUGGAAGAUCUGUCGGCGGUUGAGUCCUUCGCCAAUCCUGCACCUGCUGCGCCAGCGGAGCAGCAGCGCAAAGAAUGGGCGGGGCACACGGGAUUUAUAGUGACGCUUGCGAAGCCGUACUACUGGAACGCAAACUCGGCCAAGGAGAAGGACUUCUUCAUCAACAGCUUGAUCAAAAUUUACGGAAAAUACACUUCCGGCAAAGUCCCGCAACUGAUUGGGUUCAGCCAGAAGGAAAUGGAUAUGAUGCUGCGCCCGCCGGCGGGUCAGGGUCCAAGGGGUCCUCCGGGCCAGGGCCCUAUGGGCAAGCUACCGCCUGGAAGCUCUGCUGGUCCCCGCGCCCCGCCCUCUCGAUCGGGUGAAUCUCCAAGUCGUCGUCCCGUGGCAAGUCCGCCUGGCGACGCUGGUGCGCCCAGACCCCUGCAACCGCGGAGCCGACCUGGCACUGCGGGCGACGAUAGGGAUAGGUCAGGCUCACGCGGACCCCCGUCUCGUGGAGGAGAGCUUCCACCCGGUCUGCCCAAUCCCCGGGAUCCUUCAAGGCAGCCGCCGCAGCCAAGGCCGCAACCGUCGCGAGAACUUCGGAAGCCACCGAGCAGAGAGCAAAUGCGGCCGCGCCCAAGUCAGGAGCAAUACAGGCCUUCGCCUCCUGUUGGCCCUCCAGGACAGUCUCCCUCCCUUGUACCCUCCCAUCUGACCCCGCAAUCCUCCCAUUCUGAGUUUUCGCAAAGGCCUACAUCGCCCAUCCGUGAACGUAGUCCGAAGUUGCCUCUCCAGAUACCUCAAGCGAGCCCUGGAAGACAGAGAGAUUACGCUAAGUCACCAAUCGAGAGGGAUGCAUUCCCAAGGUCGCCGAUUGAUAGAGCGAGAUCGCCAAUUGAAAGAAGGGCAGACGAUGCCAGUUCCAUGGACAGUUCCUUGCUUGCAAACUCAACAUUUGAUAGGUUCGGGCCCAACGGAGCUAGGAGAGACCCCUCGCCUCAGGGUCUGCGCCCGACAACUUCUCACAGCACCAUGUCACGGAGUGAGGAAAAGAUGGAAGAGAAACCGGCCGAGGCACCGCCGGAUCGCAAGCGGCCGCCCAUGCUUUCUCCUCUCGAAACCGCUGGCCUCACCUCAGAUGCUCCCAGAUCCCCUCGAUAUGACGACAUUCCUCCAGCCCUAAGGUCGCCACGCCCGCCUCCAUCGCCUCGUGCCCCUCCGUCACCACGAGUUCCCCCGUCAAGGGACGGGCCGCCGAACGCUAAUAUCGCGGCGAAAGAAAAUGACUUUGCAUUGGAGCCUGUUGAUCCUCCCAAUGACAUUGGGGCCAUUGAAUCCAAGGCGUCAGAGCCAGAGCCAGAACCUGAACCUCUGCGCGCGCCCGCAGACCCUGAACCGGUACCCGCACCGGAAGAACCUACAGUUGAGCCUGAACAGGAGCCGACUCCCGAGCCAACUCCCGAGUCCGACGUCUCUGAGGCGCCUUCACCUUUGGCAGUCAGACCGCCUUCCAGGAAAGAUGGGGAGUCGACAGAGCCCGAGAAGCCAGCGGUUAAACCCAGUCUAGGUGCAAUGAUUGGGAAGAAGAAGCUUGGUGGUGCGCUUGGUGCGCUUGGUGCUGGUGAUGCAUCGAUUGAACGAGGGGCCGACGGUAAACCGAACAUGGCUGAUGUCCUGCGUAAGGCAGCCAACGCAUAUGGUGCGUUCAAACCGCGUGCCGGCGGUGCCGCUCAGAAAUUCAAGGCCGCAUUAGCGGAUGCGCCUUCAGAACAAAAGCCCGACGGAAUCACUGGUGUUUUCAACGCACCCUCAUUGAACAGGCAACAAACCGAUGACAGCACGAAGGCGGAGACACCAAAGGAUCUAGAGGCCCCCGAAUUCCCUGCUCCUGAGCCAGCCUCCGAAGAGAAGGUUGCCGCGGAGAGCGUCGCCGAACCUGACCUUCCUGGACUAAUCGUCUCAGCUCCCACUAUUGGUCCUGAACCAACGGAGGCUCCUACGGCAGAUGCAGUAUCGAGAUCGCCGAGCCCAGACGGCAAGCGCGGUAAAUCUCCAGAUGACAUUCGCAGGCAGAGAAGGCGAUCCAACCAACAGGCCAAGUAUCUCGCAUCUUUGGGCUUGGACGCAACUGUCUUGGACAUCAGAGGCUUGGAGAUCGAAUCCAUUCUCUCUGACUUUGGUUGGGGCAAUGCAAGCAUGCAGCCGAAGAAGCUCGAGGCCUUUGAAGCAGAUCUCAAACGCGAAAUUGCUCGCGUUGAAGCUGGAAGUUGGCUGAACAACACCGAUCACAACGAUGACAGAGUGGAGGCCGUUGAAGCGAUGCUUGAUAAAGUCAUCAACGAGUGUGACGAGCUUGAGGGUCUAUUGACAUUGUACAAUGUCGAACUCAGCAGUCUAAACGAUGAUAUCGCUUUCAUCGAGGCACAGAGUCAAGGUCUUCAGGUACAGACAGCUAACCAGAAGCUUCUGCACUCCGAGUUGCAGAAGCUUGUCGAUACCAUCUCCAUCGACACGAGGCAGCUGGAGCCACUCAGAGCUGCAACUAUCGGCAAGCCUGAGGGUUUGGAAAUCAUCGAGAAUUCGUUACUACUGCUUUACAAGGCGAUGAUCACCAUCGAUCCCGCCAUCCGCCAAGGCGCCGAGGUUGUCGACGGCGCAUCCGGUAUGGGCAACAGCGAGCUUUCCAACAUGAGAGCGCUGCAGGAGAAAAAGCAAAGGUAUCUCCAGGAAGCCGCUAUCUUCCUCAAACGCCUGGGUCAGCACAUGGACAUGACUUUUGGUGCCGCACUUCUCAACACCCGCGAUGCAAUUUCGCGGCAAAAUGCUGGCAGUGUGUCCACAAGGCUGGAUCCCGCCACUCACGAUUUCGCGCGUAACGCGUUGUGGCAAUACAGUCCGUUGUUGCUUUUCGCCAAGGAGAUUGACCUGCAGACGUGGGACAAUCUUCUCAAGAUGUACCAGGCCCGCGCUCGGCCGGUGUACCAGGAGGAGUUCAGGGACAAUGCCACAGCAUGGAAGAAGAUGGCCCGCAGGCCCACAGGUGAAGAGCAAGAUCUUCUAUUCACCUCGCAGGAGAAGGACACCGAAACUCUCAAGACGACAGCCCGCAAGCUCACCGUUAAGCGCAGCGGUACCCUAGCAAGAGGCCUCCGAUCAAACUCUAACGAGAAGGCGGACAAGGGCGGGCGCCUUUACCCUUACGAGGCCUUUGCUGGUGCGCUCGACGAGAUGGCACCCCUCGUUUUCACUGAGCAGAACUUCGUCGUGGAGUUCUUCCACGCAUCAUCCACGGAGAAUGUCGACUUUGCUGACGCUGUUACCUCCGCGCCGCCGCAUGCCAGGAAAGGGUCGAAUCUGCUCGCGAGAAAGAUGUUUGAGCCCGAUCGCGCAUUGGCGAAGCGAGUUGUCGAGGUCAUGGAUGACAUUUUCUCAUUCUGGCCCACGGAGCUGCAAAACCUCGUUGAAUUUGUGGUCAACAGUGACCCACUGCAAGGAGUUGGCAUCCUGACCUGCUUGGACCGCAAGCUCAUUGAAUAUGAGGAGACCAACCAGGACUUCCUCACUCGCACCUUCCAGGCUCUGCAGACGCGCCUUGCCGGCCUGUUCAACCGCUUCGUUGACACGCAGAUAACUGCGAUUGAAGAUACAAAGGUCAAGAUCAAGAAGAGGAAGGGCGUCAUCUCCUUCUUCAAGACUUUUCCGCACUUCUCCGGGGCUAUUGAGAAUAUGAUUCCCCCGGCAGACGACCUCGAACGGCUCGAAGUAAGGGCCAUGGUCGACGACGCAUACCAGAAGAUCAACAAGGCCAUGUUCGAGAGUUUGAAGGUGAUCGCCAAGGAGAGCCCGGCGGCGAUGGCAGCGCAAAGUGCGGCUGUUGGCGGUGCCGGCACGGACCCCGAAGACAAGGAGGCGCUCAACUACCACAUUCUGCACAUUGAGAACAUGAAUCACUAUAUUGAGGAGGUUGAAACGCACGGAGAUCUUGUGCUGGGCGAGUGGAAGGAGAAGGCCAGGGCCGAGAUGAAUGAGCACUUGGCGCUGUAUCUCGACGCCAUCAUCAGAAGGCCACUUGGCAAGCUCUUGAGGCGACUACAGGACUUCCUCGAUCCCAUUCCCAGCAUUUUGGGAGCCCUUCCAUCUGGAACGCCGCCGUCGGCGAUUGCCAGCCGGCCUUCGCACUCUCGCACCGUCUUCAAGAAGAUCUCAGCGUCGCACGACAGCAAGGAAAUCAGGAAGGGCAUUGAAGCUCUGCGGAAGCGUGUUGACAAGCACUUUGGCGAUGCUGACGAUCCAGGUCUCAGUCGCAACUUGGUCUUCAAGGUGUUGGGUGAGUGUGAGAAGAAGUAUCAGGACGUGUGGCAGCAACUCAUCAGCAUCAACAACGACGUCUACGGUGGAGAGGUGGACGUUGGCAGUUGGGGCGACGAGAUUGCUGGAUCGUUCAAGGGAAAGUGA